GUGGAUGCUAUUUGAUGAUGAGUAGAAUAACUCAACCUUGCUUACUUAAGAGGUGUUGGAUCCCGAUGAGGCCUACUUCAAUCAAGUCACUAGCGAAGUGCCCUCAAUACCAGCUCAGCGUUGCAAAGACCAUUGAUCACCGAUGAUAGAAUCAAGGGUAGAUUUUGCGUCACUCUCACUCUUCCCCGCGACACGUGCACAGGUUGAGGGGUCAUGGCGCCGAACGUGGCCACAAUGGGGUGGCACUCUGAGUCUCACAGAGUACCUCACGCGAGAGGCUGAGAUGGAAUCCAUGGAUCACGCAAAGGAUGGAAGACUGAUCACCUGGGUGCUGGCGCCACGGGAUGACCCAACUACUCUUGAUUUCAUGUGUUCCUGUGAGGCAUUCAAACGCUCAGGUCUCGUUGCUUACCCCUCCUCUUCUACUUCUGAGCCCAACUCAGUGCACGAAGUAACCUGUUACGCCAUUGCCAGUGUCUUCACCCCACCCUCCAAACGCGGGCGCGGCUAUGCGAGCCACAUGAUGCGCCUCUUAUAUUGGGUCAUUGCCUCACGUGCCAAUCUCCCCAAGUUCCCACAAGCAUGGGGCGCACCACCGGAGCAGGUAACGGAAGCUAGUGAGGGACUGUUCUCUUGCCUGUAUAGUGAUGUCGGAGAAUACUUUUACCGCUCCGCAGGCCCUGGGGGUAAAGAGGGUGGAUGGGAGACGCGGGGAGCCGUUUCGACUAUUUGGGACGUGGAUACAGAGGAGCGGAAUGAUGAUGAUGAUAUUGGGUGGACGUGGUUGACGCAGGAGCAGCUGAACGGACUUUGGGAUCGCGAUGCUGGGCGGAUCAAUAAAGAGCUGGCGAACAUGUUGACAAGCGACACCUCGUAUGAGGUGCAGCGCCCGGCAGCAUUUGUGACGUACCUGCCAACAAACGGUGUCUGUGGGUUCCACAUCCCACGCUCGACAUACGCUUCGGACGUUUCUAUGGUAGGUGGAUUCUGGGGUAUACAGUCUUUGAACGACCCAGACACGUAUGCAAGCUGGAGCGUGGACUUCAGACCUCCUCCACCAACGCUAAUCAUUACGCGGCUCUGUGCCAGUGAAGAGACGUUCCCUGGGCUAAUUGCGAAGAUCACUCAGGCGGCUAGACGCAGCGGAAUUGGGAAAGUAGAGGUGUGGAAAUUGGGAGAAGGAUUGAAGGACAUUGCGGAGAGGACGGGUGGGCGGACGGUUAUACGAAACGAACAUUUGCCACAGAUAGUGUGGUAUGGACCUGGAGCGACAGGGAAUAUAGAGUGGGUGUAUAACGAGAAGUUCGGCUGGUGCUGAUACGGGAUUGGGUCACAGUUGCAGAGUAAUCAGAGGUAUCGCGCAUCCACUUCCACUUCAAGAGAAGGUGUCUUCACCUUCCGCGAUAUUGAUGAGGCGGACAUUAAUACCACCACUCUUCUGAACGAUUACUGUUUUCAACUUCUAGUUGGCUAUGCCUUGGAGAAUAUUGAGGCGGAUGCAAACUGGUGAGUGAUUUUUUGGUCAGGCAGCGAGCAAUGCGACAUUGUAUACCGGUAGUUUUCGAGAGGGAUUUAAUGGUGCUAGAUUGAGAAACUGCUUGAACUGCUCCAGCACAUCGUAUCGCAGGUUGAGGACAGUGAUAUACUUACCUCAAACCAGGUUUAAACUCCCACUUACUUGA